AUUAAACCAAAAAAAAAAAAAAACUCACUCCCUUUUUGCGAGUGCAGUGGCAAAAGUUUCCCAACAGUAGUGCCACACUCUGUCCCUCACUUUCUCUCCACACCCAUUUCCGAAAUUUUCCCGGAAAAUCCUAAUGCACUAAAAAGACACAAACUUUUCCUCAAUUCUUACACUUCCAUGGAGUUUUAUCCACUGGGUUUCCUUUAUUUUCUUCUCUUAUUCACUCUAAUUCGCAGCAAAUCAGAUUUUCACAUUGGUCACAGAGUCACCAUUGCAGUACCAGUCGAGUACAGUGUUGGAAUAAUUGGGAGAGCUUUUUUGAUUCAGACCAAUCAAAUCGAACCCAUUUUUAAAGUUGCCUUAAGUGUUUUGCCAAUUAAUGGCAAUUAUUCUUGCUCUUUGGAAGUGUUUCUUGGAGAUGUUAAGGUGUGGAAUUCUGGUCAUUAUUCUCCGUUUUUUACCUCGGAUGUUUGUGUUGUCGAGUUGACAGGAGAUGGAGAUUUGCAGUUGAAGGGUGCGAAGGAUUUUGUCGGGUGGCGAACUGGCACUUCUGGACAAGGUGUGGAGAGAUUACAGAUUCUGGGUUCUGGCAAUCUGGUUCUUGUAGAUGACUUGAACCGUAUAAAAUGGCAAACUUUCAAUUUUCCAACAGAUGUUAUGCUAUGGGGACAGAGACUAAAUGUUGCAACUCGUUUAGUUUCAUUUCCAACAAAUUCAACAGCAUCAUAUUCUUUCGAAAUUCACCGCAACAAAAUCGCUCUUUUUUUGAAUUCCGGUAAGUUAAACUACUCUUACUGGGAAUUUAAGCCUACAAAAAAUAGAAACAUCAGUUUUAUCCAACUAGGAACACAAGGAUUAGACAUAUUCAACGAUAAACAUCACAAAAUCGCGUCGAUUACAUCUUUAUCGAGUUGGCUUCAUCUUCAACCCUUAAGAUUUUUAGCCUUGGUGAACAAAACAGGAAAUUUAGGACUUUACUUUUACUCACAUGAAAAACAAGCAUUUCAAGCUGCAUUUCAAGCGCUAAACACUACUUGUAAUCUUCCGUUAGCUUGUAAACCUUACGGAAUUUGUACAUUUUCAAAUACAUGUUCGUGCAUUAGACUUUUAACUAAAGAUAAUAACUCUGAUCAGUGUAGCGAAGGAUUAAGAAAAGAAAGCGAAUUUUGUGGCAAAAGUGAAGUAGAUUUGGUUGAAUUUAAUGAUGUGGGUAGUGUACUAAAUAGUAAUGCUCCUACUAAGGUUAAUAUAAGUAAAGAAGAUUGUGCAAAUAUGUGCUUACAAGAUUGUAAAUGUGUUGCUGCAUUAUAUUCAAGAUUAAGUGAGUGUUUUGUUUAUGGAUUGGUGAUGGGUGUUAAGCAAGUUGAAAGAGGAUUAGGGUUUACUUAUAUGGUAAAGGUUCCGAAAGGAACUCGUGUUGGGCACGGGAGAUCCGGAUUGAAGAAAUGGAUACUGAUUAUGGUGGGUGUGAUUGAUGGUUGUGUUAUUCUGCUUGUUUUAGGCGGUUUUGGGUAUUAUUUGAUUCGGAAGAGACGAAAGAAUGCUCGUGAUUCUGAUAACACUACUUAAGAAGUUUUGCAAAUGGAAGCUGAAACGAGAAACGGCGAAAUGAGAAUCUGUGAAAAGAUAAUUUUUGUACAAGAUAUAGAUUAGAAACAUAGAGUUUGUGAGUUUAAUUGUUAAGCCGAAAUGUAGGGCUGAAAAAGUUUUUGUAAUAUAUAUAGAAAAUUGAAGAUUCUGUUGGAAA